GAAAUGUGAUUUAACCAAACAUCAGAGAGUUCAUACAGGAGCUGCACUUCUGCACACCUUUGAGCAGCAGUAUGAUGCAGGCAGGAGUCUGUCUGAGACAGGACACUGAGACAACACUACCAGAGCUUACUGAGCAGCACAGGAUCAGACUGAAAGAAGAGGAACUCAGUGGACUGGAGUCUGUGCACAUGGCAGAGUCAGAGACUGAGUGUUCUACACCAGGACUCAACACACUGGAGCCAGAGUGUGUUACAGCACACAGUGGGGAGCUGCACUUCUGCACACCAUUGAGCAGCAGUAUGAUGCAGGCAGGAGUCUGUCUGAGACAGGACACUGAGACAACACUACCAGAGCUCACUGAGCAGCACAGGAUCAGACUGAAAGAAGAGGAACUCAGUGGACUGGAGUCUGUCCACAUGGCAGAGUCAGAGUGUACUACACCAGGACUCAACACACUGGAGCCAGAGUGUGUUACAGCACACAGUGGGGUCAGUGCUGUACACCACACUGACUCACCAUUGAUAAAAACAGAACCUGAUCUGGGUCCCACCAACACUGGGUAUCUUAUUAAGACAGAGAGCCUAGACUUUACAGAGCUGGGAUGUAGAAUCCAUCUGCACCCUGACCAAAUAAAAACAGAGACUGAUGAUGGAGGCUACAUUAAGGCCGAACACAUCAGUGUCCUGCAGGACAUUAAAUGUGAUGAUAUUACAUCUGAUGAAGUGAACCCUGUGCUUAAUGGAGCUGGUGUUGUUCACAAAGACCAGACUGAACCAUGGCAGUGUGCAGGAGAGCCAAAUCCACACUGCAGGAAACCAGGGAAAGAACAGGACCGUUCCACCCAGCAUGUGAGAUGCCUUAAUGAGUCAUCAGAGUUAAUCCAAGACAAGGGAAGCCAUACCGGUGAAAAGCCCCACCAAUGCUCUCAGUGUGGGAAGCGUUUUCCUCAUGAAUCUAAUUUGCAUAGGCACCAGAGAAUUCAUACAGGUGAAAAGCCUUACAAGUGUGAUCAAUGUGGGAAGUGUUUUUUCACAAAAAGGGUUUUAAUCACGCACCAGAGAAUUCAUUCAGGUGAAAAGCCCUACAAAUGUGAUCUGUGUGAGAAGUCUUUUAUUCAGAAAUGUCAUUUAAAUAUCCAUCAGAGAAUUCAUACAGGUGAAAAGCCCUACGAAUGUGGUCUGUGUGGGAAGGCUUUUAUUCAGAAAUGUCAUUUAAAUAUCCACUGGAGAAUUCAUACAGGUGAAAAGCCUUACAAAUGUGAUCAGUGUGGGAAAUGUUUUUUCAGGAAAAGUGUUUUAAUCAUCCAUCAGAGAAUUCAUACAGGUGAAAAACUCUACAAAUGUGAUCAAUGUGGGAAGUGUUUUUUAAGGAAAGGUGAUUUAACUGACCAUCAGAGAAUUCAUACAGGUGAAAAACUCUACAAAUGUGAUCAGUGUGGGAAGUGUUUUUUAAGGAAAGGUGAUUUAACCGACCAUCAGAGAAUUCAUACAGGUGAAAAGCCAUACAAAUGUGAUUGGUGUGGGAACUGUUUUUUAAGAAAAGGUGAUUUAAACAUCCAUCAGAGAAUUCAUACAGGUGAAAAGUCCUACAAAUGUGAUCAGUGUGGGGAGUUUUUUUUAAGGAAAGCUGCUUUAAACAUGCAUCAGAGAAUUCAUACAGGUGAAAAGUCCUACAAAUGUGAUCAGUGUGGGAAGUGUUUUUUAAGGAAAGGUGAUUUAAACUUACAUCAGAGAAUUCAUACUGGGGAAAAGCCCUACAAAUGUGAUCAGUGUGGGAAGUGCUUUUUAAGGAAAGGUGAUUUAACCGACCAUCAGAGAAUUCAUACAGGUGAAAAGCCCUACAAAUGUGAUCAGUGUGGGAAGUGUUUUUUAAGGAAAACUGCUUUAAACAUACAUCAGAGAAUUCAUACAGGUGAAAAUCCCUACAAAUGUGAUCAGUGUGGGAAGUGCUUUUUAAGGAAAGGUGAUUUAACCGACCAUCAGAGAAUUCAUACAGGUGAAAAGCCCUACAAAUGUGAUCAGUGUGGGAAGUGUUUUUUAAGGAAAACUGCUUUAAACAUGCAUCAGAGAAUUCAUACUGGUGAAAAGCCCUACAAAUGUUAUCAGUGUGGGAAGUGCUUUUUAAGGAAAGAUUCUUUAAACAUGCAUCAGAGAAUUCAUACAGGUCAAAAGCCUGUUAGGACCCAGCUUCCCUCCUAAAAAGAAAAGGCGUGUCACUGUCCAAAUACUUAUGAGGCAAUGUGGAUAAAUAUUACAUUAUAUAUUUUUUAUCGUUUUUAUUAUUGUCAUCUGUAUCUUUUGUUUAAGUGAUCAUAUACACUCACCGAGUACUUUAUUAGGUAUUUUCAACUUAUUUCUUAGACUUCUACUUCUGUAGCCUAUCCACUGAAGAGUUAUGAUGCGCUGUGUGCUCAGAGAUGCUCUUCUGCACACCUAUUGUAAUUUGAGUUACUGUCCCCUUCCUGACAAUCCCAGGAGAUCAGCAGUUUCUGAGAUACUUGUUAAGGAAAAACCCUUUUCACAUCAUUCAUCUUGGAGAGCAUCCUCUGAUAAAACAGAUCCACAGCAAAACAACAGUAAGACUUUCUUAUUUAUUUGCAAAUAGAUACAGAAAGUGAGAGUGAUUUGAAACUGUUUUGUCCACAAGGAUGGAUUCUUCACAAAACAAGGAAGACAUGCAGCUGAACCUAGGAUUAUCAGUAUUUAGUCUCCAGAUAAACUUAAACUUUGCCAUAAGAUCGGAAUGUGCAAGCAACCCCCUUCCAGGAAAAGCAGAGACAUUGAUCUCUGUCUGUUUGAGAGAGAGAGACAGAGGAUGUCUUAGUCUAAAUCCAUAUGUAUUAUAGAGCAUAUUUCCAAAGCACUUAAUUUCAAUAAAAAGGUUAUUUUUAUUCAUGUGAUUGUCUCUUUGUUAACACACACAUUGUAAGGGUAAUUUUCUUAAUUGCCACCAAUUUUCUUAAUUGCCACCAACAAUCAUUUCACGGUAAAAGUCACUUGGAUCACAUUACCUGAAUCUCUUGACCCAUAUCUACAUGAUUGUAUGCAUUGCACUGCUGCAACACAAUUGGCUGAUUAGAUCACAUUAAUAAGUAGGUGCAAUAAAGUAAAAAUGUAUUGCAAAUAACCACACAUUACAAAAGUGGUCCGCAGAAGAGCAUUUCUGAACACACAACGCAUCAUAACACUACGUGGAUAGACUACAGCAGUAGAGGUCUAAAAAAUAAGUAAAAAAUACCGAAUAAAGUGUGUAUAUUUAUCAUACAUUUCACAUACAUUGGAAAAACAUUUCUAAAUAUGUGAAAUCGACAAUUUUUUGCAAAUGUUGACAUACAAAAGAAAUGCAUCUUAAAAUGUAUUUGAAAUGUAUAGACAUAGUCCUCCGUCGUGGACUUCCUGAUCAAAUUAAAAAUUAUACAGAAUC